GGCGUACCUUAUGCUAUGCCCCCUACUGGAGAGCGGAGGUUUCAGGCGCCUGAGACGCCCUCAUCCUGGCCUGGCAUCAAGAAUGCCACCCAGUUUGCACCCGUGUGUCCGCAGUAUCUGGAGGACAGACUUCUGCUCACCGACAUGCUGCCGGUCUGGUUUACCGCCAAUCUGGACACAGUGGCCAUGUAUGUGCACGACCAGAGUGAAGACUGCCUGUACCUCAACAUAUAUGUGCCAACAGAGGAAGUUUAUUUUGUUGCACUAUUACCACAGUUCAAAAGAUUUUCAAAAGAAUCACGAAUGCAUCAAAGUUUAGGGGAUUCAGAUUCACAGGCCGACACUGGAUUAAAGCCAGUCAUGGUUUACAUUCACGGCGGGUCGUACAUCGAGGGCACCGGUAACAUGAUUGAUGGCAGUAUUCUAGCCAGCUACGGCAAUGUCAUCGUCGUCACAGUCAACUACAGGUUAGGAGUUUUAGGGUUCCUCAGUACUGGUGACCAAGCUGCAAAAGGGAAUUACGGUCUUCUGGAUCAGAUCCAGGCGCUCCGAUGGGUCAAAGAGAACAUUCAGUCAUUCAAUGGAGAUCCACAGAGAGUGACUAUAUUUGGUUCUGGAGCUGGAGCUUCCUGUGUCAGUUUACUCACUCUCUCACACUAUUCUGAAGACCUGUUUCAGAAAGCGAUCAUUCAGAGCGGGACAGCUCUUUCCAGCUGGGCUGUCAACUACCAGCCCGUCAAAUACACCCGCAUGCUCGCCGAGAAGGUGGGCUGCAAUGAAGAUGACACGGUUGAGUUGGUGGAGUGCCUCCAGAACAAGAACUACAAAGAGCUCAUCCAGCAGAACAUCACCCCUGCCAAAUACCACAUCGCCUUCGGCCCCGUGAUCGACGGAGAUGUCAUUCCAGAUGACCCUCAGAUCCUCAUGGAACAAGGAGAGUUCCUCAACUAUGACAUCAUGCUGGGCGUGAAUCAGGGUGAGGGGUACAAGUUUGUGGACGGGAUCUUAGACAGCGAGGAUAGAUUAACUAGCAGCGACUUUGAGUUCGCAGUGUCAGAAUUUGUCGAUCACCUGUACGGUUAUCCAGAAGGAAAGGACACGCUGCGAGAAACCAUAAAGUUCAUGUACACGGACUGGGCGGACAGGGAGAAUCCUGAGAUACGGCGGAAAACGCUGGUUGCACUUUUUACGGAUCACCAGUGGGUGGCGCCGGCCGUGGCUACGGCAGACCUGCACGCGCAGUACGGAUCGCCAACAUACUUUUACGCAUUUUAUCAUCAUUGCCAGAGUGAGAUGAAGCCCGCCUGGGCCGACUCGGCACAUGGAGACGAACUUCCAUAUGUUUUUGGAAUUCCGAUGAUUGGUCCAACGGAUCUCUUCAACUGUAAUUUUUCCAAGAAUGAUAUUAUGUUGAGUGCGGUGGUCAUGACAUACUGGACUAACUUUGCCAAAACUGGAGACCCAAAUCAACCAGUUCCCCAAGAUACAAAAUUCAUCCACACUAAACCAAAUCGCUUCGAGGAGGUGGCAUGGUCUAAAUACAACCCUAAAGACCAGCUCUACCUGCACAUCGGCCUGAAGCCUCGUGUUCGCGACCACUACAGAGCCACCAAGAUCGCCUUCUGGUUGGAGCUCGUGCCACACUUACACAACAUCAAUGAACUCUUCCAGUAUGUUUCAACAGCAACCAAAAUUCCACCGCAGGACACGACGCCGUUCUCAUACACCAAACGUUUGUCCAACAAACUCUGGCCUUCCACCACGCGCCAUCCGGCCAUUCCGCCAGCCAAAACCAAACAGAUGUCAGACCAGCAGAAGACCGAGCACGGCGAUGGGACUGUUAUCAUCGAGGCGAGAGAUUACUCGACCGAGUUGAGUGUCACGAUUGCCGUUGGCGCCUCUCUGCUCUUCUUGAACAUCCUGGCGUUCGCCGCACUCUACUACAAGAAAGACAAACACCGCUUGGAGUCCAGUCGGCGACUGAGUCCUCCAAGAAACCUUGUUAAUGAAGUUCCUCGUGUCCCAAGCGAGGAACUGAUGUCCCUACAGAUGAAGCAGCUUGACCACGAUCUCGACCACGAUCUCGACCACGAUUGCGAUUCGCUGCAAGGCCAUGACAUGAUUCGCCUAACCUGUCCUCCCGAUUACGCGCUUACAUUGCGACGUUCACCCGACGAUAUCCCGCUCAUGACGCCAAACACCAUCACUAUGAUUCCAAGUUCCUUUGGUGGCAUUCAAACGUCGUAUCACCCCUUUAACGCAUUCGGUAACAGCACUCCGAGUAGCGCUGGCCUCCCGCACGGACACUCUACGACGCGAGUAUAACUCCAAUUACUUCGCUCUGCAAGUGAAAGACAAUA